AUGUCUAGUAGCCAGUGUAGUUUUUGCAACAGAAAUGAGAUCACAAAAAUCUUGCCUUGCAGGCAUUCAAACUGUUUGUCCUGCUUAGAACUUUUUUCUGAAAAUUCCGAUAACAUAACAUGUCUCACCUGCCAGAAAAGUUACGGUAGACCUGAAGAUCUCUACUCAAUUCCAAAUAAUGAAUUCGGCGUGAGGUUAGAGAAGGUUGUAAGAUACCUGAAAAAUGACGGAGGUUUUUGCAAAAAAUGUUUGAAAAAUCCUGCGAAGAAGUAUUGCAUGAUGUGCAAGCAGACGUUUUGUUUCGACUGCCUUGACUUACAUAAUGAAGUUGAGACAAACAAAUCACACGAUGCAUUUGAUGUGGAGUUAUUCCGUCAGACAUACGUUUUGAAUAGAUUUAAGUACAGAGUUUGUGCCUUCCACGACCAAGAUGUCGAUAUUUACUGCAAAAAGUGCGACGGAUACUACUGCUCGAAAUGUUUCAUCCACGGACACAAGACUCAUGAAUUCGUGGUCGCUGAGGCAAAAGUUAAAGAAGAGAAGAAGAAUCUUGAAUCAGAAAUUGAAAAAAGGAAAGUUAUUUUAGACCAAGUUGUAAAAAUGAUAAGCGAACUUAAUACAAACCAUCAUAUGGGAGAUUUAAAGUUGAGAUGGGAGUAUCAAACCGAUCCCAAAAAAGCCGAACCUAAGAAUAACCAACUACAACUUAUGGCAACAGCGGUUGAAAAGUUUAAUGACGCGAUACAGCAAGGGGGUCAUUCGUUGUAUAAAUCGGCCAAUUGCAUGAAAGAGUACUUAGAGUUACAAAUUUUAUCUCUCGAAAAAACGUCUGAAUUUCUCAGCUUAAAUACGAUUAUAGACUACAAGUGCCUCAAUCUGCCGUUUCCAAAUUAUUGCCAGCUGGUGUUAAAAUACGCCAAAAUUACUCAUUGCCGCUUCAGGUUAGCAAAACUGGUGAAAAAGCUAAAUGAGGAAGCUAAUUCUUGA